AUGCAGUCCAUGAUCUGCUCAUCUGAGCACGAAAACCUAACCUGCAAGUACUGGCCUGUUAGCUUCCUCGCUUCUUGGUGUGAGAAUGGGUCUGGCACACUGAUGCAGAAAGAUGGUAGUCUUUUAUAUGCCGUGAAAAAUUUUUCCCAUAUAUUUGAAAAAAAAAUUUUUCAUACCAAUCUAUAG